AUGAAGGACAUGGAGCAGGACAUCUCCUCCAUUGAGAAGCGAUUUGCUUAUGGAUUCCUCCAGAAGCUUCUCAAGUGGAUGGACAUCGCGCAGGAAUUCAUCGCUCAUCUCGAGGCUGUAGUCAGCAGCGGCCGGGUGGAAAAAUCCCCACAUGAGCAGGAGAUCAAAUUCUUUGCAAAGAUUCUUCUGCCGCUGGUCAAUCAGUACUUCAAGAACCACUGCCUGUACUUCCUCUCCACUCCCGCCAAAGUUCUGGGCAGUGGAGGCCACUCCUCCAAUAAGGAGAAGGAGAUGAUUGCCAGAUCACACCACGUAGUGCCCACUGUCACCCCAAUAUCUAAAGAAACCAGGGCGUGGCUCAAGACCCUUGAGAAUCACACGGUUCAGUAUUCGUUCAAAGGGAAGCGGUCAGUUUUGAAUGGAACGGAUUCAGGAGCCGUGGUCAACUGCCUGCACAUCCUCUCCCGCUCGCUGGACGCCAGGACCGUCAUGAAGUCGGGCCCUGAGAUCGUGAAGGCGGGACUGCGCCAGUUCUUUGAGAGCGCCGCGGACGACAUCGAGAAGAUGGUGGAGAACCUGAAGCUGGGGAAAGUCUCCAGUCGAAACCAGGGCUGUAAGGGCGUGUCCCAGAACAUCAACUACACCACCACCGCCCUGCUGCCCGUCCUCACCUCCCUGUUCGACCACAUCGCUCAGCACCAGUUCGGAGAUGAUGUCAUAUUGGAUGACCUGCAAAUAUCCUGCUACCGCCUGAUGUGCAGCAUCUACUCUUUGGGAACGGUGAAAACUCCACAUGUGGAGAAACAGCGGCCGGCUCUUGGCGAAUGUUUGGCCCACCUGGCGGCCGCCAUGCCCGUGGCCUUCCUGGAGCCCGUUCUGAACGAGUACAACGCAUUUUCC